ACCAACCACAAUAACGUAAUAACAAGCACAACAUUAAGCCUCAACAAACACAUUAAUCACAUCAAAGAGUAAUAAACAUUUCCCUAAACUCAAAAAAAAUGUCAAAACCUAGAAACUUCUUUUUCUUCAAACCAUCACCACCACCCCAAUCAUCAUCACCAUUUCCACCAUCAUCGCCUGGCAAUAAAACCUUCUCCGACGCAAUCAUCGACGAAAACAUCGAAACCGCGCACACUCUCAUAACAAAAUGGAACCAUAUUUCCACAACUUCAAACCAUUCUCAAUAUCCCUAUCUUUUUACCAACACUGAAGAAGCCAAACACUAUCUUAAAGCCGUUAAGAGUCUACAAUCUGCUAUGCAGUACCUCGUUGCAAAGGAUUCCACCUCCAAGAAACUCAUUGAAGCACAAUCGUUAAUGCAACUCGCCAUGAAGAAUCUUGAAUCAGAAUUUUAUCGAAUUUUAGGAGAAAAUAGAGACCGGUUCAACUCUGAAUCGGUCUCUGUUCUCUCUCGCUCCUCCACUGAUCGUCGGAGUAGUUUCUCCGACGAUGAAUACUCUGACGAAGAAUCGUCAUCGCUCUCUGCUCAAUCUGUAUCUAUGACUGCUGUAGCUGAUUUAAAAGCGAUUGCAGAAUGCAUGAUUUUCACCGGUUAUAGCAAAGAGUGUGCUAAUAUUUACGUAAUUGUGAGAAAAUCAAUUGUGGAUGAAGCACUUUACAAUCUCGGAGUUGAGAAACUGAGUUUCUCUCAGGUUCAGAAAAUGGAUUGGGAAGUUCUUGAAUGGAAGAUUAAGACCUGGCUGAACGCCGUUAAAGUCGCUGUCAAUACUCUGUUUCACGGCGAGAGAACACUCUGCGAUUACAUUUUUGAAUCACCGGAGAAGAAAAUUGCCGAUUCAUGUUUCAGCGAGAUUUGUAAAGACGGUGCUAUGAUGCUGUUUUCUUUCCCAGAAAACGUCGCAAAAUGCAAGAAAACGCCGGAGAAAAUGUUCAGAACGUUGGAUUUAUACGAAGCUAUUUCCGAAAAUUGGCAUCAAAUUGAAUCGAUCUUUUCAUCGGAAUCAAAUUACACGAUCCGUUCUCAGGUGAUUGCAUCACAAGUGAGACUCGGUGAGACCGUUAUAAAUAUGCUAACCGAUUUUGAAUCGGCAAUUCAGAAAGAAUCUUCGAAGGUUCCGGUACCAGGCGGAGGAGUUCAUCCUCUAACACGCUACGUCAUGAAUUACAUUGCACUUCUCUCCGAUUACAGCGAUGCAAUCGCCGAUAUAGUUUCCGAUUGGCCACAAUCACCGUUACCGGAAUCUUACUACAAAAAUCCAUCUCACGACGAGAAUAAUCCACCGUCGGAGAUAGCAAAACGGUUAUCGUGGCUAAUUCUCGUUGUUCUUUGUAAACUCGACGGAAAAGCUGAACUAUACAAAGACGUUGCACUUUCGUAUCUUUUUCUUGCGAAUAACAUGCAAUACGUCGUCGUAAAAGUGCGUAAAUCGAAUCUAGGGUUUAUUCUUGGUGAGGAUUGGUUACUGAAACACGAAAUGAAGGUGAAAGAGUAUGUUACGAAAUACGAACGCAUGGCAUGGAAUAAGGUAAUGUCGUCGAUUCCGGAGAAUCCAACGGCGGAGAAUGCGAGUGGAAUCUUCCAGAAUUUCAACGUGGUGUUUGAAGAAGCGUUUAGAACACAGUAUUUGUGGGUUGUACCCGACCCGAAAAUGCGAGAGGAAAUUGGAGCGUGGUUAGAUUUGAAUGUUGUUUACAAGUACAGGGAGUUCUAUGUGAAAUAUCGGGUCGGGCUGAAUUUGGUUAUAAGAUAUUCGCCCGAAGAUUUGAGGAAUUAUCUGUCGGAGAUUUUGUGUGGUAGCGUUUCGUCGCAUUCGCCGGAUCGGUGAAAUUGGAGAAACCUGCCGGCAACGUGGGUCCCACUUUAUGAUUUGUUUGUUUAAAGAUGAAGACAAGAAAAUGGGCCAAAUAUCCAAAGACAACAACAAAGAUGGGAAUAUUAUGUUCUUUUGUGCAUGAUUAGACAUAUAGUAGUAUUUUGUUUUUUAAAAUAAUUUUAUAAUUUGAAAAUACUAUAGGUAGGAAUUAUCGUAAAGGAUAGUAUUAGAAGAUUAGAAAAAUCCUAUAUAUUAACAAUAGAAACCAUUACUAAAAGUACUGUGGAGGCGCUGAGAGGGGCUGAGGUUGGAGUAUUUCAAAUUGGAGCUCCCUCAGCGUUUUCGUCACUGUGCAUUUCAAAGGACGCUGCUGCGAUUCGAAAUUGUGUUGUUCUUCAGAUUUCGGCUCCUCCCUCCAAAACCUGUAGCAGUUCGAAAGGUGUGAAUAGGAACGCAAGAUUCUUAGUAAUCAAUAUGUUGUUUGCUUCAUCCCUUUCCCUAUAAAUAACAAUUGAUAGUUUCCAUUUCCAUCACAAUCCAUUCUCGAUCAGUUCUUCAUCUUCUCUGUUUUGGGAUUUCUAAUGGGUAGGAAGCAGAGAGAAUGAAGGUUAGAGUUGUAAGGAUUCCUCAUAUCAAUUCUUGCCUCCAGUAGCAUCUGCUCCACUUAUAGUGCAUAAGACUUCUUGGUUGAGUUGCUGUGGCCUAUUCGAUGUUCUGUCAGGCUCUAACGGAUAAAUCAGACGGCGAACAACGACCAACAUUUCUUUGGUGAGGUUAGAAUCGGAGGUGCUGAUCUUGCAAAGUCUGUGAAAAUUGAAAAAAGUGGGAUUAGUUACAUUGAUAUUCCAAUUACCUUCAGGCCUAAGGAUUUUGGGUCACUUAAGCAUUCACACAGAACAAAGGUUAUCACUAGGUCCUCCCUUUCUUCACUAUAACACACAGCCACUGUGGCAUAUCACUAGCAAUGGCAAUGAUCAUAAGAAAAUGGAAGUCAUUGGCUUGGUAGAUGGAGAUGGGACCGAAACCGGAUAUAUAAUUGUCAGUCACAACCAUUGCUGGUAAAAAUGGCCAGCCAAAGCAGGUGUGCGUGUGUUUGAUUUAUCAUUUUUUAUAAUUAUUGGACAGCUAUGAACUUACAUGGUUGCUUUUGCUUUAAUUAUUUUAGACAAUAAGAUAUAUGCACUAAUUUUGAGAUAUAAUGUAUUGUCUGUACAUACUCAGGAAUCUAUUAGAGGCAUCAAUGAGUAUGUGUAUGACUUUUACAAUAUAUUUAAGAUUACACGAGUCAAUUUGUUUAAGCCUUACAAAUGCUAAUUCUAUCUGAUUAACCAUUCUUUAACCUUUUUAUGAUAACGCAUAUCGAGUUAAAAAGCAACAACAAAUUGAAAUAGCAGGUCUUCUUCAAAGACUCCAUGGGAUGAGUUUGAAGGGAUUGUGUUGCUUAGGUUUGGCGUGUAAAGAUGAGUUGGGAGAAUUCUCAGACUAUUAUGCAGACACUCAUCAUCGAUUGAAAGUGAUUUAAUUUUUCCUGGUGUUGUUGGUUUAAGAAACCCUCCUAGAGAGGAAGUUCAUAAAGCAAUUGAGGAUUGUAAGCAAGCUGGUAUUAGAGUUAUGGUAAUAACAGGAGAUAAUAAGUCAACAAAUGAGGCUAUUUGUAAGGAAAUCAAAUUUUUCUUAGAGUUUGACAGGUAAAUAAUUCAUGUCUCUUUCUCAUUCAGAACAAGUUAAAUUAUUGUUGAGAGAAUGAGGCAAGGUUUUCUCUCGAGCCGAGCCUAGACACAACGAAGAAAUUGUGAGACUAUUGAAGGAAAUGGGAGAGAUUGUUGCAAUGACUGGAGAUGGUGUGAAUGGUGCACCUUCACGUAAGCUUGCUGACAUAGGAAUUGCUAUGAGAAUAACUGGAACUGAGGUAAGGUAACCUGACUUUUGCUAUACUGAGGUCGCGGUUAUGCUGCAAACCUAUAUAUUGUAGUAAUAAUUAAUAAAGGUUGAAAUAAUAUUUCACCAUUUUAUCAUAAUAUUUGUUUAAAAUUUAUUUAUAUUGUGGUAAGAAGGUGAAAUAUGAUUUAAUAUUUGUCAUAAUCAUUAGUUGAAGUGUGGGGUAAACCUCAAAGCUAAGACGUGUCUUACUUCGCUGUGAUUAUUUCUAACCUUAUAUUGCUAAAUAACAUAGGUUGCAAAAGAAGCUUCAACUAUGAAGCUUGCAGGUGACAAUUGUAGUUAUAAUUGAAACAGGAUCGAAAAACAAGAAUGCUCCUUGGAUUAGUCUUAAUUGUUGUUAUUCUUUACUUGCUGCUGAAGCUCUUCCAUUGUUAAUGUUUCCUCUACUAUUUUGUUUCUCUAAUCAGCCUGUUUGCCAUGAUGUUAGUAAUUUUAAACUGAUAAUAUCCAUAUGGAGUUAAAAAAAAUGUGUUUUAAGGUGAAUAUGAAGCACAAAGCAUAAUAAUUAUUCAGAAACUUGAUCUUAAGUAGAUUGACAUUUGUUUUAGCUUCUUGAAUGUACUUCUUUAUCUUGGUAGCAAUGAUGUUCAAUGCCUAUGUAAUUAUUCUUUUUAUGUAGAUAUUUAUAUUUAUAUAGAUUGUAAAUGCGAGCUUCCGUUUUUGGUUUUGUAUAUAUUAAAAUUAAAGUUUGCUGUUAAUGAAGUUGUUUUAAGAGUUUAAAAUUAGCACAUUAUGCUCCUGUAAAUUUCGAAUGGAGAUUUAAUUAUUGAAAUUUCAAAAUGUGUAUGGUGAAAUGAAAUUUGUUUUACUCUUCUUGCAUGUGUUCAUAUUUGAUUUGAUGAUGCUGCCAUUGAUUACAACUCUUAAGAACCCUUUUGAACCAACUCACAAGUUAUAUUGACAAGAAAGUUGUUGUGAGCUAUAUUUUAGUCUAUUAUUAGUUUUAGAUGUCUACUUUUUUGGUAUUGAUUUUCACAUCCACAGGCCCAGGGUAGCUGACGCUAAUGCACAUUGUGACUUAUUUAUGUUUGGCCCAGAAUUCGCUUUUUAAUCCUUCAAUGCUUGUCCUAUAAACUGUGUAAUUUGUAAUGAUUCGGUGGAGAGUGAUUGGCAUUUUCUUUUUUAGUGUGAUAUGAGUAUUCAGAGCUGGCAAACAGCAGGAUUAUGGCCUCAAAUUUGGGACAGAGUUCAAAGAAUGAAUUCAGUAGCAGAAGUGGUGCUAGAUAUUUGUUCGUGAGAAGUCGAGGCUGUGGUGAAUUGAUUUAUGAUGAUUGUGGCAUAAUAGGAAUGAAUGGAUAUGGAAUCAAAAACAAAUGAACCCAAACCAGAUUACUCAAUGGUCAGAUUGAUUUAGGUUGAAGGCAUAUGGCACCACUCUAACUCCACUCUAACUCAGGUGGAAUUAGGCCUUUCAAACUACAAUUUGCAUGAUUAAGAUGAGUUAGAUUUAUAAGCUUACCAAAAUGAAGUGGAACUCCAUCAUCAAACUCAUUGUAAUAUCCUAAAAAAGGAAAGCUUCACUUCAGUGGUUCUUGGAGAAAAGGAAGAAUAGGUAAGCCAGAUCUCUCUCAAUCAAAUGAUGAAAAUCUUAAAGUAUUUGAUUGUUUGAUCUUUGUCAAUAGAAUUAAAGUCUAGAAUUUGGAUGGAGCUUUUUAGUAGAGAUCUAUGAUAUAGACACAACAAUAACACGAACAUGUCGAUUGCUGGUAAUAAUUUGAAGAAAAAAAUUGAAUAAUUGAUUGUAAUUACAUGGACACUGACACAUGUCAGACAGCGGACACAGAUUCCAUGUGAAGUGUCGGUGCUACAUAGAUUAAGAUAUGUCGGUUUUGUAGGAUUGAAUUUGAUACAGAACUUAUUGUGACAUGUGAGCUUAUCCUAUAUUCAUCGGGGUUUGUGAAGUUGGGUUAGUCUCAAACCUAAGUAGAGUGAUAGACUAUAACUAUGACUGGACUUUUCUAUUAUGAUGUUUUGGAUCCAUACUAACUGCUAUUUUUGUAUGUACAAUAUUGCUGCUAGGGCAUCAUAUCAAACAACUUAUCCAGUAGCAACCACUAAUAAGAGAGUUGAUGAAUCAUGGCAUGGCUCUUCUUGACAUCACAACACAAAUCUGAAUGUAGCUCCACCUCAAUGUUAUUUUAACCGAUUUUGUUUUGUUGGACAAACUCCAACAUUUAAUAGGCUUCUUUGCUAUCCUGUUGUUGUUUCUCUAUGAAUUGGAUUGAUCAAAUCAGAUGUGUGUUUCUCUAUUUUUGCGGGACUGAGUCCUAUGCUAAGAAAAAUAUCUACACAUAUUUGUGAAGGUUGUUGCUCAUGCUUAUUAGUAUCAUAUUUAAGAAUGUAGUUUUGAUUGACCCCACACAGUGUACUUAUAGUUACUUACAUUCAUUAUAUGUGCGUGUGUCUCUAUUUAGAAUUA